CCCGACGGGCUAUAUGAGGCGCGGUCGCGAUAAACCCUAGCUCCACGCAGACACGAAAGCCCUAGCGACACACGCGCCCCCACCCUCCGCCGCGGCGGCCGCCUCCUCCUCCUCGCGCGAGAGCUUCCGAGCCCAGCCACCCACCUCGCCGAAAUGAGUCAGGAGGUCGUGAACCCCAAGGCGUACCCGCUGGCGGACGCGCAGCUGACGAUGACCAUCCUCGACCUCGUCCAGCAGGCCUCCAAUUACAAGCAGCUCAAGAAGGGAGCAAACGAAGCGACGAAGACCCUGAACAGGGGUAUAUCGGAGUUCGUGGUGAUGGCGGCCGACACGGAGCCCCUCGAGAUCCUCCUCCACCUCCCCCUGCUCGCGGAGGACAAGAACGUUCCAUAUGUCUUUGUUCCUUCCAAGCAAGCCCUUGGCCGUGCAUGUGGUGUGACUAGGCCUGUCAUCGCUUGUUCAGUGACCAGCAAUGAGGGUAGUCAGCUGAAGACACCGAUACAGAAUCUCAAGGAUGCUAUUGAGAAGCUCCUCAUUUGAUUUACUAAGACCUUUCAGUGUGAUGGGCCUCAGAGCGACACAGUUUUUCAGAGGCUUGGACUGGUGAUGGUGUCUUAUUUGCUAGAACUUUGUGUUUCUCAACUGUCUGCGAGACCAUUAAAGCUAUACAUGCAUUGUGCCAUGUGUCUUAUCUUUGCGACUGUUGUGUAAUCCUUAAGAUACAUCUAUAGCAUGGCAGUUCACUUUUCUCCCUUGAUACUCAAAGCACUACUGUAAUGGGUGAUGAAUUAUGGGCUUUGCUUGUGACCACUUGCGGAAAAUUGGUCUUAUCUAUACGCAUAAUGUUUCAUGUGAAAA